AUGCGAGCUUACUUCUACGACGGUCUUCCUGGCGACCAGCGUCUACCUCACAACUCAGGAAAGCCAGUCAGCGUCGACGACCUCAUGAACAUUGGAGUUUACUACUACCAUCUCCCUGAGCUCGAGUCGGUCGAUAACCUUGCCCGCGAGCGUGACUACAAGAACCGCGACGAAAUCACGGUCUCUCCUCAGGCCAUGGGUGACGUCUACGAGACCAAGGUCAGGUCAUUCUUCGCCGAGCAUCUACACGAGGACGAGGAGAUCCGCUACAUCCGUGGUGGUCGUGGCUAUUUCGAUGUCCGAAGCCAGGACGACGACUGGGUGCGCAUUCUGCUCGAGAAGGACGAUUUGCUCAUUCUCCCUCCCGGCAUCUACCACCGCUUCACCACCGAUGAGAGCAACUUCGUCCAAGCUAUGAGGCUGUUCAAGGAGGACCCCAAGUGGACGCCUUUGAACCGUGGCCCCGAUGUCGACAAGAACGAGCACCGACAGGAAUACGUCAAGCAAUUCCUUGCUGAGUCUGCCCAGUAA